CCUCAUCCUAGCAGCCUUGAGGGACAAGAAUAGUCUCCACGUACUUCUCUCUGGUGCAGCAACCUGAAGACAGGAACUUGGUCUCAAAGAGACAACCAUGGACACAGAGGAGUACAACCCUGAUGAGUCUCACCUCAGAAGAAAAAGGAGGCAAGAUCUCCAGGAGAUGCUGACAGAAGUGGGAUUGUCUGCUGAAUACUGGCUGCCUAAGCUUCAGGAACACCUAGGUGUGACCUGUGCCCAAGCUUUACAAUACUUAAAAGAAAAAGACCUCCAGAGGCUGAAAUCCCAAGCACAACAUCCCUGGGAGAAAGAGGCCCUGGAAAAGCUGUUUGAAGUCUCUCAGGCAAAUAGUGCUCCAGAGUUACAGGAUUCUUCAGUGGACACGAUAAAGAAAAGGCAGACGGCAGGAGAGGCACUGCAGGACCUGAGAGGCUCACAGUCAGAUGGGAAGCACAGACAGGAAGAGGCACUGUGUGGAAAAGAAACAAUAGUUAGGCAAGUAAUGGAGGUUCCUGAAGAAAACUUGACUCUGCUUGAAAAGCCCCUGAGUAAAGUCACAGAAACCAAGCAGAAACAACUCAGUCUCACAGACCAGACACUGUCCCACAGGAAAAACCUCUCAGACAGAGAUCUGAUAAAACAGGCCUCCGGAGGUCUUGCACUACAGGGAAUUUAUAAAACAAGCCAACAAAGAGACCUGAUACAGAGGAGAGACAAACUACUCAGGGUUCCAAAGGAGCUCUCAAUCUUUGGUCCUGAGCAGGGUACAAGGAUGGAAAGUAAAGAAUUCACAUCUUCUCACGCAGAGUCCAUAUUCACACAGACUAUAGAGAAGCUGGGCUUCAGUAUAACCUCCUCAGUCAAAGGUGGAGGCUGGGGAAUUAGAUUAGAAGCUGGAAUGGAUGAAAGGAAUUAUGCAGAAUCCAAGGACACCCAUCAGUCACAUUCUGAAAGCUCUUAUUUCUGCUUGUCCAAGUUCAACUACAUCCCCCUGGCCACCUGCCACUUUUCCAUUGACCAGAUCCAACUCUCCAAGGCUGCUCUUGAGGACCUGAAAAUAAUUGAUGAACUCUUGGGUGAGAUUACAAACCCAGAUAGAGUUCCCUUACUGAGGCACAGAACAGAACGCUUCUUCCAGAGGUUUGGCUCUCAUGCUAACCAAGGCCCUGUGCACUUAGGGGGAAUCUACUGCUGGAAGGCCAUUGCAGAGGGAUUCAAAAGUAAGCAACUGGCUGGUGUGAAGCAGCAGGCAUCAGAGGCCCUGGAUAUUUACAUAAGGGGCAGCUACAGUGGCUUUGGAGUUAAAAUUGGUGCAAGUAUGAAUAUGUCAGACUCACAUUCAAAAACAACCUCUCAGAACACAAAUACUGAAAACCUCCAAACCAAAGUAGAGUUAUCUGUGGCCCAGACAGGUGGACCACCAGAGGCAGAAGGACCUGACCAGUGGAAGGCUGGCCUUGUUGCCAGCAAUCAAACCUGGUCUGUCAUUGACCGGGGACUUCAGCUAGUUCCCAUUUGGGACAUUAUCCUCUCCAAUCACAGAAGUGAUUUUAAGGACCCCCUUCAGGUGGCUAACUGCCUGAAAGACAACUAUACUGCACUGACUGGACUCUCUGCUCAGAUCCUGGAAGGAGAGGAAUUACUAAGUGCUGGGAAGGAAGUGAGGCUUUUCCUACAGGAUGUGAAAUCCUGGGAAGUUACUGAUCCCGAAGAGCAGCUUCAAAAGCUAAUACAUUUCAUGCAAACAGUGAGCCAAAAAACAGAAAGUUAUGAUAUUUGGAUUAACACAUGUCUCACAGAUUGGGAUUUGCAGAAUUUUUUGGUAAACACUGUAAAUUUUUGCAAAGAGUUGUCCAUUUAUAAAACUCACUUCAUUAAAUCUCAGUUGCGCAGCCUUCUAGAACCUCAUGUGUACAAAGUGAAAAACUUCCCUCAUGCACAGUCCAUCAUGAAGUGGAUGAAAGAGUCAGAGUCAGAAGACAAGCAAAUUCGUAUUACCCAGUUUUCAGAGCUCAUUGAAAACAUAGAAGAAAUCAAAAAUGCAUACAUGGAAGUAAGCUUUAGAAAUGAUUCUCCAAAAGCAGUGGAAGAAGCUCAAAGAAAAGCCACAUACGAGCUCACCACAGCUCUCAGUUCCUUCUUGAAUUAUCUGCAAGAAACAGAACAGCAGGACACACGGCUCCUGUUGCUCUCUUUCGCAGCUGGCUCAGGCUAUCAAGUGGCAAACGAAAUUUUUCAGAGACUCUUGGGACAUGAUGAAUUGAACUUCCUUCUGGAUGAAAUGCAAGUUGCUGAAAAAAAUUACCAGGAACUAAACAAUAUUUCCAAGCAAAGGGCACAAGCUUUCCUAGUUCUGACAUCUUUGUCAGCCACAGUUGGAGCCAGAGCCAAUUCUGCAGAAGAGAAAACACGACGUAUGGCAUUAAUAAGACAGUGUAUGGGAGAAACAUUGUCUAUGGAGGUCCAACACGUCCUCACCAAACAUGGAUCACACCAUGACUGGGAAACAUUAGAGAAAGACUUGAGGUUAAUUUUGGAUGGAACUUUUCCUCUCAAUGAUGUCAUGCUCUCUGUCCUUACAAUCCUUCAAGAAAAUUCAGAAAUGCACAACAAACUCUACUUCUUGCAGUGGCUGAGUCUCUUUUGUGAGAACCUGGCAACAGGACACUUGGAAAAGUUACGUGAGAACCAAAGAUAUUUGUGGUCAAAGGUACAAGUUGAAAAACAGAAGACACAAAAGAGCAACUCACUGACAAGAUGGCAAAGUCAGAUAGAAGCCAUCUCCACAGAGAUUAAUGACUGUACCUUGGGAAUUGAGCAAUUACUCAGAGAAGUAUGCCAGAUCUAUGAAGCUCUGGAAGAAUCUUCCUCCACUAGAGAUAGCCUUUUUCUCUGCCUCCCUCAGAUUGCUGCAGACCUGAUGAUCUCUGGUGUUCCCAUUGAGCUGAUGGAUGGGGAUGCUUCAUAUGUGCCUCUCAAGUGGGUGGCAGCUGUUUUUGACAAGAUCUCAGAGAAACUUGGAGACAAGCAGCUGUUUGUUCUCUCUGUCCUUGGCCUGCAGAGCUCAGGGAAGUCCACCCUGCUGAAUGCCCUUUUUGGGCUGCAGUUCACAGUCAGUGCAGGCAGGUGCACCAGGGGGGCCUACAUGCAGCUCCUGAAGGUGGAGGAGACAUUCACAAAGGAAUUUGGAUUUGACUUUGUGCUGGUUGUAGACACAGAAGGACUUCGGGCCCCAGAACUCAGCAACAAAUCCCAGAAUCGGGACAAUGAGUUGGCAACUUUCGUCACUGGACUUGGACACUUGACUCUGAUCAAUAUUUUUGGCGAGAAUCCCUCAGAAAUGCAAGAUAUCUUACAAAUAGUUGUCCAAGCCUUUCUGAGAAUGAAACAAGUGAAAAUCUCCCCCAGUUGCCUCUUUGUCCAUCAGAAUGUGGGAGAAGUUACAGCUAAAGACCAAAAUAUGGAAGGUCGACGGAAACUGGAACAGAGACUGGAUGAAAUGACAGCACUAGCUGCAGAACAGGAAGAGUGUUUACACGUCACCCGUUUUACUGAUGUCAUUGAGUUUGAUGUCAACACGCAUGUCUUCUACUUUGCCCACCUGUGGGAUGGCAAUCCUCCAAUGGCCCCUCCCAAUCCUCGCUAUAGCCACAAUGUGCAGGAACUGAAGAGCCGAAUUCUGUUGACUGACCGGCAGGAAUCCAGGAGAAGCGUCAUGAAGAUCUCAGAUGUUAAAUUCCGAGUUCAAGAUUUGUGGAAAGCCCUGGUUAGUGAGAACUUCAUUUUCAGUUUCAAGAACACACAAGAGGUCAUGGCCAUGAGCAAACUGGAAACCAUGUAUAACCAGUGGAGCUGGAAACUCAGGAGUCACAUCCUAGACUUACAGAAUCAGUUGAACAAUCAGAUUCAGAAUGGGAAAUUCUUGAAACUCACAAUAGACAUGCUUGAAAAUCCAGUUAACAAGACUUAUGAAACCAUCAAAGAAGAGUUUGAAAAAUAUUUUCAAGAAGACCCAGAGAGUGAAAUACUGAUUCAGUGGAAAGCAAAUUUUGGCAACAGGCUAGCAACUCUUAAAGAUGGACUUGUUACAGAAACCAGGAGGAAAGCCAGUGAACUUAUUAGUCUUAAAAAAAGCCAUGAAGUUCUGGAUAGCCAAAAGAAACACUAUGAAAAUGAAUUAUUGGAGAAGAGUCAAAAGUUGGCUUUAAGUGUGAAGGGGAAAGAUUUAAGUGAUGAAAACUUGCUUCAGAAAUUCAAUCAGCUUUGGAGGAAAUGGGUCUAUGAGGUUUCCUUGGCUGCCCCUCCUGUCAUAGAGCCUAACAUUGAAGUGGAUUCUGACAGCAUCCUUUGGGACUAUUUCAACAAGGAAAGAAGAAGCCUGUCAGAGAAACUAACAAGAAAUAUUGAGAAGUUUCAAAUCAACUAUGAUGAGCACAUAAAAAUGCGAAAAAAUAAGUUUUAUAUUACAAAGAGUUUAGAAACCCGUCAUAAGGAGUCCAUCAGUAAGACAACUAAUAACAUUUUUUCAAGAUUUGGAGAGAUAAUUAAAAAUAUCUGGAUACAGCAGCGUGACUAUGAUCAGAAUGAUUUCCAUGAAAUCCUGAGGAUAAUAGAGAAAGAAGUAAAAUCUGUGUCCCCUGAGGAAGAUUACACAUUUACAGCCAACUACAGUGUUGACUUAGCUGUAUGUUUAUUCAAAAGAGCUUCAAAGAGUUUUAAGGAGAUUCAUGAGGCAUUCAAGAGAGCAAACGAUCCUGUGAACUAUCUGGAAAGCAAGAAAGAUGAUUUCUUCAUGAGUUUUAAAAUUUCCUGCCAAGGUGCGACCUCUAUCAAAUCAUUUGCUGACUUUCUGUGGCUGAAGCUCAUCCCUGCAAUCUCUGCCUCCAUAGGGGGAAAAAUGGUUCUUAAAAUAGCCGCAGAUAUGCGAGCUACCUGCCCUGAGUUCAGUGGAAACAGAGCUAACCUAGAGAAACACAUUCUUUCCUUUCUGGCAGAAGAAGAAAAAUUUGAUAAUUAUUGGGAAUAUAUUCAUAAUCCAGAAUCUUUUUUCAAGAGUUACAUCAGAAAUUGUAUUAGAAGAUAUUGUUCAGAAAAUGAAGGUGAUAAAGUAAAGGCUUCCAUGAAAAUGAGUUUAGAUGACAUCAAGAAUGCCAUCCGCAAUGCCAUUUACGAGUCCACUACAGUAACUCCAGACAAAAGCAGCACUGCAUCCAGGUGGUUGGAUCUGUUCUGUGAUCAGCUGGGGAAAAACAUGAUCUUUCCACGAAGAGACUUGACAGCCAUUGAACAUCAGGAGAUAAAUGAUACUGAGUUUCUCAAGGAAGCCAUGAGUGCAGCUUUGGAUCCCGCCAUGAAGAAAGUGGAAGAGGACAGCUCAGGUAAGCCUAUAGAGGACAUGAUUUGUGAAAUUGAGAAAAUUCUCACUGGACAUCUCUGUGGCUGCUGGAAGCAAUGUCCCAUGUGCAAAGCAAUUUGUACCAACACAAUAUCUACACAUGAUGGAGACCACAGUGUGCCAUUUCACCGUCCUAAGGCUGUGAAUGGAUGGUCUUGGGAGAAAACAAACAACUUUGCCAUUGACUGUUGCUCUACUUCUGUAGCAAGUGAUAAUGUGAUGGUUUUGGGUGAUGGUCGGCGAAUCCCAUUUAAGAACUACCGGCAGGCAGGAGGGGAUUAUGUCACAUGGAGCAUCACCCCAGAUUUAUCCACCCAGCCAUAUUGGAAAUGGUUUGUUUGUCACUUUAGAUCCAAGCUAGAAGAAAAAUAUCAGAAAAUAUUUGCAAAUAAAGGUACAAUCCCACAUGCCUGGUUCAAAAUCACAAAGCAGGAUGUGCUUAAUGACUUGAAAAUGUAAUAUUUACCAUGAAAUAGCCUCAGUAUCUGAAAAGCACAAGCACGGUACACAAAGAAGCCUACAUGCAGCUUUCUUGCAUCUAGAACUUUCAAGAUUUUACUAAAUACAUGAAACAAGCAAUAAUCAAUUACUGUUUUACUGAAGAUUUUCUAUUAAAGUACCUUACAAAUCUU